ACGCAUGUUUCCUCCAGCUGGGAGAUGCGAGUUUAACGAAGGACAAUAACUAGAGGAUUAUACAAAGAAUCGACAAUUACCAUCGCAUAUUUUGAUCUGUUCAAAAGUGCAUACGGUAAACCAUGUGUUUAGUAAAACACACGAUCCUGCCGAGAAAGACCGAGAUGAAUUUGCAGGCGCCAAGUCCUCUCUUUCUAGCCUGAGGAGUAGUCCACCAUAUUGACUUGGGAAUCACACGUAAUUGAUUUUUAUCGUGUUGUGCACGCGCUGGUAUGUUGUUACAAGUCUUGCGUGCUUAGGCCUUGCAGUCCGGAGCCACGUUUUUAGUCGUCGCAGUGCACGGCAUCGAGGCUAUUGGCAGAGAAAUAUAUAGAUUCGUCGCCUUAAUCCACUUAGGUUGGGAAAGAUAACAGACAUACAUUCCUGCCACCACUUGGUGUUGUCACCAAACCACAAUGGUUGCUACCACGGUCCACCACAAUACAGAUGCUGAAUGAAGACAUGGAAGGACAGAUGUAAGAGGGCAUUCUUCCCUCGAAAAGGACUGACAAGUUCAUGGCUGCCAAAAAGAAGGAGAGAAUAAUGGUUCUUCAUGAGGAGGGGGCUGAUGCCCCCAUAGCACUGCCCUCAGCUGCCUCUCCCCCUGACCUCUUUGGUGUCCUAAACACAGGGCAAGCAAGUGCAGUUGUAGCCAAUGAAGAAGCAAACAUUCCAGCAACAUCUACUCCAGGUUCUGCAAUGGGUACUGGUCAAAUGGCUACAACAUUGAACUCUGCUGCCAGGUCUAAUAACCAACCAGAGAAUUUACCACCAGAGAGCACCUACAGCGGUAUCAAGGUGAUGUUGGACAAUAACAACAUGUGGAAUGAGUUUUUCAAAUGCAAAACCGAAAUGAUAAUAACCAAACAAGGCCGGAGGAUGUUCCCUUAUUGCCGCUUUCGCAUCUCUGGUUUGGAGCCCUUCCAGAAGUACACUCUGCUCAUGGAUAUCAACCCUGUGGACAACAAACGUUACAAGUGGACUGGACAAGAAUGGCAAAUGAGUGGGAAGGCAGAGGCCCAUUUGCUGAGACGGGUUUUCAUCCAUCCAGACUCUCCAUCCUCUGGUCACCAAUGGAUGCAGAACCCAGUGUCAUUCUACAAGCUUAAGCUCACUGACAACACGAUGGACCAGGAGGGCAAUGUAAUUUUGCACCCAAUGCACCGCUACUUACCACAUCUGCAUUUGGUCUCAGCUGAAACGGCUACAGAGGAUAUUCAGCUCAAUGGGCCUGACGUGAUAACCUUCACCUUUCCCCAGACUGAAUUCUUUGCUGUAACAGCCUACCAGAAUGUACGCAUGUCUCAGUUUAAAGCAGACUUCAACCCUUUUGCAAGUGGACCCAACUCCCAGGCUCUAAAGCUGAAAAUGAGUCCCUCAAAGAAGGAAGAAACCAGAUCUCCCAAUGAACUCAAGCCUGUGAAAGGCUUGAAUGGCCUGAAAUCUUUGAUGGCGGCAAAACGCAGAUCUAAAGUCACUUCAACAGUAGAUAAAGGACUCCUGAGCCCUGAUGCUCAAAAUGUUUCCCUUGCAGAUGGUGUCAAAACUGAUGGACCCAGCUCCAGGCUGAAAUCAAGGCCCUCCAAUGAGAUGAACAAAGACUCAGCCCAAUCGCCCAAUGAGCUCAAGUCUGUGAAAAGCCUGAAUAAUCUUAAGUCUUUGAUGGGGAAACGCACUUCCAAAGAUACUUCAGCAGGAGGCCAAGGACUUCUCGCUCCGAAUGCCCAAAAUGUUAUUCUUGCAGAUAGUGAUAAGUCCGGAGUCCAAACAACUCCCUCCAAUAAGUCAAAAAAAGACACAAACAGUUCUACCAAUGACCUCAAGCCUGGGAAAAGCCUGAAUAACCUGAAGUCUUUGAUGGCAAAACACAACUCUAAAGGCACAUCCGCAGUAGAUCAGAGAGUCCUCAGUGAAGAUGCUCAACGUGUUACACCUGUAGACAGAGACAAAUCUGGAGUCAACGCUAAUGGACCCAGCUUAAGCACUCCAAAGCUGAAAUCAAGAUCCUCCAAUGAGUUGAAAAAAGCAGAAACCACAUCUGCCAAGGAAUUCAACUCUCUUAGAAGUAAUCUGUCUUUGUCAAAAUGCAAUCCUAAAGACACUUCAGCAGUAGGUCAAGGACUCCUGAGCUCAGAUGCUCAAAAUGUUACACUUGCAGACAGUGAAAAGUCAGGAGUCAAAAUGGAUAAACCCAGCUCCUGCAAGAAAUCAAGUCCCUCCAAUGAGACGAUGAAAGUUGAAACAAUAUCUCCCAAGGUGUGCAAUUAUGUGAAAAAUUCCCGAAAGUCUUUGCGUGGAAAACACAACUCCCAAAAGACUUCAGCAGCAGAUCAUGGACAAAAGUCAGUCAGAAACACAGAGUCCACUGAAUACCAUUCUUGUACAACAGGUCCUCCCCAAAGUAACUUCCCUGAGCUGAUUCGGGAGUGUCGUCUGAAAAUACGAAGGUGCAAUGUUGAGAUAACCAAUACAACUUGUAGUGUUGAGCAAACAAACACUAACGGCAUGGUUGCCAAUGGCAAAGUUGUGGAAGUAGCUGUGAAUGACAAUUUCUCCCAGAAUUCUGAACCUGAAGCCUUGUCCGGGAAGACUAUUGAAAGGGUGGGAACACUGCACAAUGGGAAUGUGAUUGACAGUGUCAAGGACCUCUUCAAUUCAUCUCAAUCCCAGGAACCGGUCAAGACCCGUGUGUCAAUCAAUGACCAUUCAGCAAAUGAAGUUGAAAACAGUCAAAAGGCUUGCCAGAGCUCCUCAGUGUGCUCUGAAGCAAAAAUGACAGGUUUUGAUGAACAGCUGCAGGGGAAGGCAAAACCACACAAACGACCGGAACCUGUGCCUUUGCCCCUUCUUGCACUCUACCUUCAACAGUUGAAGUCAAAAUCCAGAUCUGUUAGGACCAAACCGAAAUCUCCCCCGGGAUUGCCUUCGUCUUCAUCUCCAUAUUCUGCUGUUCCAACCACCGAUCCUGUUAUUCCAGCCACCGAUCAAACUGGCCCAGCCAUGGACUCAAGUGGCCCAACCUUGGAAUCUACUGGCCCAGCCUUGGAAUCUACUGGCCCAGCCUUGGUAUCUACUGGCCCAGCCUUGGGAUCUACUGGCCCAGCCUUGGAAUCUACUGGCCCAGCCUUGGAAUCUACUGGUCCAGCCUUGAAAUCUACUGGCCCAGCCUUGGAAUCUACUGGCCCAGCCUUGGGAUCUACUGGCCCAGCCUUGGGAUCUACUGGCCCAGCCUUGGAAUCUACUGGCCCAGCCUUGAAAUCUACUGGUCCAUCCUUGGAAUCUACUGGCCCAGCCUUGGAAUCUACUGGCCCAGCCUUGGAAUCUACUGGCCCAGCCUUGGAAUCUACUGGCCCAGCCUUGGAAUCUACUGGCCCAGCCUUGGAAUCUACUGGCCCAGCCUUGGAAUCUACUGGCCCAGCCUUGAAAUCUACUGGCCCAUCCUUGGAAUCUACUGGCCCAGCCUUGGAAUCUACUGGCCCAGCCUUGGGAUCUACUGGCCCAGCCUUGGGAUCUACUGGCCCAGCCUUGGAAUCUACUGGCCCAGCCUUGGAAUCUACUGGCCCAGCCUUGGGAUCUACUGGUCCAUCCAGGGAUUCUACUGGAUAUGCUGUAGUUCCAGCCAGUGGUCCUGCUGAUCCAGCUAUCAAUCACAUUGUUCCAGUCAUUGCCCCCACUGGGCCAACCACAGACUAUGUUGGUCUACCCAUGGAUAUUUCAGUCCCAAACACAGAUUUUUUGGUUCCUGCCACAGACUCAUUGUUACCAGAACCUGACUCAGUUUUACCAACCGCUGAUCAUUUGUUUCUUGUCCCUGAGCCGACCUUAUCCAUUGCACAAUCAUCCCCCACCCCUUGUUUGCCAGCAACUGUCUUAGUAUCACCAUUCCCUAACCCAUUGUUACCAGCCCAAGAAUUGCCACCCCCUGUACCUGUCACGUUAAACCUAGCGACUGAUUUAUCAUCACUUACCUCUGACCCUCCCUCAACUGCUCCAGCACUGUCAUCAACAACUAGUCUUGCCAACUUGGAACCUGAAUUUACCCCCUCGUUACCAUCCCCUGGACCUUCGCGAGGUGGCUUUGAGCCAUCCUCACCUGCGCCAUUACCAGAUCUUGAACCCCCUUUACGUUCCCCUGUUACAUUGAAACCGGAAGCCGCCGCCCCCUCCUUACCUGUACAUGCCUCCUCAAUCCCAGCCCUUGAACGAUUACUGCCCCCUAACCCUUUUGUUCUAUCCUCUGAAUUUUCAUCACAUGGAUCACUUUUAGGCCUACCUGCUCCUGAUCCUUUUUUAACAAUACCCUCUAUCCCAUUGUUGCCUUCCUCUCACAUUAACCCAUUACCCUUUGAGGCAACCUCAUUUUUCUCUACCUCUCACCCUGACUCACUUGCUCUGGACACGGCCUUAUCCCCAUCUCCCUCGGACACUACCUCAUCGUCUCCCUUUUCAUUGUUAGGUCCUGACCCAUUGUCACCAACCCCAUCACUGGCCGACCUCACUAACUUUUUCUCCAUCGCCGAAGAGCUUGAGAUAACUGAAGACUUUCCCAGCAGUGAGGCACCUCCUGUCCCAUGUCCUCCUGUCCGAAGUACCCCUAGCAUACCAGUUAGUUCUACUUUACCUGUUGGUUCUAGUCAGCCAACCCAGAGAAAUAAACCCCUGAGAUCUAAGAAGAGAUCUAGGAAAGGAGUGAAAUCUGCCACGGGUGAUUCACUCCAAGUGAUUGAUGGAUCCACACAAGUCGCCAUGCAGCCCAACCUGGAGGAAGUUGAGGAGCAGCUGUUCGUCUCUUUCACCUCCAAGGAAGCACUUGAUGUCCACCUGGGAGAGCCUGCACUUUGUGAGACGAUGACUGCGCAACCUCAGAAGCCCCCAGAGGCAACAGAGAAUGUUGGAGGACUAGAAACCACAGAGGAAAGAAUAGUAGCUUUCGAGAAGGUUCUUUUGGGUGACCUAAAGGUUAUGAGGCAUCGACAGGUCAUUCAUCCUGUGUUGCAAGAAGUUGGACUGAAGAUGAGUUUACUGGAUCCCACUCUGGUCAUUGACCUGCAGUACCUAGGUGUUCGUCUACCUCUACCCCCACCCUUUUUAUGUCCAGAACCAAACUCUCCAGGGUUGGCAUCUUCUCCAAGUGGUUCAGUCCCCUUUGUUUCCAGGACAGGCAAGACCACAGACUUCACUCAAAUCAAAGGCUGGAGAGAUAAGUUUGUCCCCUCGAACUCGCCAUCAUCCUCUAAGCCUGAAGGUUGCCCAAGUUCAGAAGUGGUCCCAAAGAACUUGUCGGCCUUCUGCAGUGACAUGUUGGAUGAGUACCUGGCUAACGAAGGUAAACUCAUUGACGAGCGCGCUGCGAGUUUCACCCAGACCACCGUCGUCACCCCUGUGGUCUACCAGCUACCCACCAAGAGCACCAGCUACGUCCGAACCCUAGACAGUGUGCUGAAGAAACAGGCACCGGCACUUUCUUCCACCUUUGUCCCACCAUCCAAAAAACCCAGACUGCCCCCCACAUCCAAAGGACUUAAAAAAUCGGAGAAAAGGCAACAAAAACAACCAUGUUCAAAGCAGAACAGAACGAAACUAACUUCUGCAACAACCCCAACACCAUUGCCAACUGAGCCAAAACCGCUAAUGAUGGAUCAUGGCGCCCCCAUCACCCACGAUGACACAAUUGAAACUAUAAAAAGGAGACCUCCACCAGCCCAUGACGCUCCUGUGUCCAGGCCAGAGGUAGAAGAGCCACCUCCCGCUGAACUGGCUCCUGUGGAAGAGGAUGACUCGGACCCAGAGCCACAGCCUGUGGCCAAGACCAAGGUCGUGUUUCCUGGGCUGACCAAGGCCCUGCUCCGACAAAGGGAUUUGGAGGAUGGGGUUGUCUGGGAGGGCAAGCAUCGGACCUGCAUCGCAAACGAGAGGGCGACGGUCGCCCUCACCUCCCUCUUCACCUCAACGGGCUUUGUUUGUGAGAACCCUACAGCUCCUAUCAGGAUCAUAAAGCGCAGUGCUCCUCCCUGCCUCAAAGCAUUCUGCCGAUUGGGCUGUGUGUGUGCCAGCCUGGCACAGGACCGUCGUAUUAUCCACUGUGGAAAGAUUGAGUGCAUCUUUGGCUGCAGCUGCCUCAGGCAGAAGGUGGUCGUCCUCAAGAACUUAGAAGGACCAGAUUCUAAUGCGUCAGAGGAGGGCCUGUCCAAGAAGCGGAGGAGAAAGUGGAAGAGGAUGAGGAUGGCAUAUACUCUCAGGGAAGCUGAGACGGUAUCAGAACCUGCUCCGCGUGUGAGAAUGUUGUGGAGAAAGACGGAUGGAGAGACGGACCCGGAGCCCGUCCACGCCCCAACACCUGUCUACCUACCACAUCUUCCACUACAGGAAGAACCUUCAGUGGUGUAUUUUUCUCCGGUGAGAGAGGAAGGCGGGACCAUGACAUGUGCCAGAGUGCGUGUCUUUCAAAGCAAGAGCACAAACCGACCUGAGGCCAUUGACAAUCACUGCAAACCAAUAGACUCUGCACCAGUGAACCCUUCCAGUAUGUCAGGGAAGUCAUUGUCCUGCCAUGGUCCCAAGUACACAGAGCCCUCCAAGCGCCUGGAGAUUAUAUCUAAGUGUAAGUGGAGGAGCCUGGCGGAUAGGAACCUGGUGCUGAGAAUUGUGUGUGAGCACAUGGCCAAGGACCACCUCAGGAAACCCUUCUGGGUCAAAGGUUACCUUAUAAAACCUGUGUCUCAGACCCUGAGAAAUGAUGGCAAAGGCUGCUUCGUCCACUACAAGGUACUCAUCUCUCAGGUCCCGAGACCGGACGAAGUGGAGGAGGAGAACGGUGAGGAGGAAUGGAUGGGAGAGGAAGAUGAAGAAGAACUAAUGGAAGAGCAGAGAGAGGAGGAUAAAGUGGAGGAAGUACCUGUCGCGGAGGAAGUACCUGUCGCGGAGGAAGUACCUGUCGCGGAGGAAGUACCUGUCGCGGAGGAAGUACCUGUCGCGGAGGAAGUACCUGUCGCGGAGGAAGUACCUGUCGCGGAGGAAGUACCUGUCGCGGAGGAAGUACCUGUCGCGGAGGAAGUACCUGUCGCGGAGGAAGUACCUGUCGCGGAGGAAGUAGCUGUCGCGGAGGAAGUAGCUGUCGCGGAGGAAGUAGCUGUCGCGGAGGAAGUAGCUGUCGCGGAGGAAGUAGCUGUCGCGGAGGAAGUAGCUGUCGCGGAGGAAGUAGCUGUCGCGGAGGAAGUAGCUGUCGCGGAGGAAGUAGCUGUCGCGGAGGAAGUAGCUGUCGCGGAGGAAGUAGCUGUCGCGGAGGAAGUAGACAACAAGGCUGUGGGGCGUAGAAAGGAUCUGAAAUGGCAGGGCCUGCCUUUCUUAACAGGAAUUUCUCCUGCUGGCCUCCUUACUGGCAACCUGAAGCUGCCAGAAAUCUCAGACCAGAAAUGUAUCACGGUGAAUGGCAGGUCCUACCCCCAUGCCAAGAUACAACUGGGCAUGAUGGGAGCCAUGCACCCAGUCAACCGUCUUGCUGCUUACCUCACGGGCAAGUUCCGAAGGCCUGCCUGUCUAAAGCGGUCUAUGGCGGCCUCCUCCUCCGUCCCAUCACAAAAACACCCCUCAGAAACUCCUAAAGGUGCCACAGAUACAAAGUCCUCUACGAGACAACCAGCCCAACUGGCAGCCACUCCUACCACCAUGGUUACCACAAGUGUUCCCUCUACCAUGCCAGUUGCUGCUGGCCCCAACUUCAUUGUGAACCCAGGUGCCUGUCUCUCUCAGGGGGCUCAGAUGGAGCAGAACACAGUGACUGCUGCUGCUGUGCGGAUUCAGGUUGUCACCAUGGUCUACCCACCCAAAACACCUCAUGUGAGGGGUGGCGCCGCAGCCCUGGUAUCUGCAGUGUCUGUUAGCUCCAAGGCCCCCUCAGCACCAAGAUAUUCUAAAGGAGCAAACGUAUCACCCCAAAAUGCGUUCCCCAUCAGUGAAGUGGUUACCAGUCCCCCGAUGCUCUCUGUCCCAGGGACCAGUACCUCUGUCAGAAUGCCGUCUCCUCUCACAUCCCUGACCCCUAUCAUGUCCCUGACCCCUCUCGCGUCGGGUCAGAGAAUGGUGCUGCAGCCGGUAAGGAACACCUCAGCGAACACCCUAUACAAGAACCCCAAGGGACAGCUGAUUCAGCUGGUUGCCCUCAGCCAGCUGAAGGCCCUUAACCCCAACCUCGUCAUGCACAACAAGGGUGGGAUGAUCAUUUUAACCAUGCCUGAAUGCUUGACCACCAUGAACAGCUCCACCUCCUCUCUCACCACAUUGGAGAGCAAGGGCCCUGGUAGCUGUGCUUCCACCAUCAGUACUGUCCCCCUUGUCACUUUCCCAAAGACCCAGACUGCAUCCAACACCACUAUCACCGCCCCUAAAACCACCCCUGGUUACGUUAGUCUCUCCCCCACCGUGACAAAUGGUGGGACGUUCACCUUGGAGAUUGUUCCUCAGACAGUCAACAAGAAGCCCAUCAUCAUCAAGUGUCCGGUGGUGCCAGCCCAGGACUCCUCCAAGGUGAUGCCUGUAGUAGGGGGUGUUACUGUGCUGCAGCCUCACCCGGAAACCACAGUAAUUACUGUCAAAUCCCCCACAAAAACGGUUAAGAACACAGGUGUCAAAGCUGACAAUAUCACCACAGUGACCUCUAGUGUAGCCUCUGAGGUGUGUAGUUGGAUGCGGCCUUUCCAGAAAACCAAAACGCCUCCUAAAUCCACAAAACCCCCUAAAGGACCCCAGUUUAAAUGUAUAACAGCUGAUGCUAUCUCCCCAGCUCACUGCAAUUUAGACCCUAAUAUCCAGCCUGAGGUGGUUAUAGUGCUGCAGCCUCCCCCAAAACCCCCUAUAACCCAGGUCACAACGACAGGGAUCAAAGAUAACACCUCCACAGCAGACUCCAAUCUCCUUACUAAGAUGGUUCAUGUUGAUGACCCCUACCAGACAUGGACAGGAAGACCGAAGAGGAAGAUGGUGGAGGAUGAGUACGAUUUGGAUGAUACGGAUGAGAAGACAGACAACUCAUCUGAUGAGACCGAUUCUGACGAUUCAAGUGUUAAUAAAGAGGAGCUCAUCGACGUCAUCAGUAAACAGCUGGAGCAUAACGUGGACGAGAGGCAUCGCCGUUUUGAGCUCCAUGGGUGCUUCCAGCGGCUGAGAGAGACAAUGAAACUUGACCAAAAAGCUGCGAAAGUGUAUAUCCUUAAAGAAGCGACAGAGGAGAUCCAAAUCCUGACUAGGAAAAGUAACGACAUGGAGAAGCUAAGGACUUCACUGACCCUGGAGAGAGCAGCUUAUGUCAAGAAGAUGUCCCAGUUAACUGGUAAUAAUGGACACUGCUGUAACAUUUCAGCAUUCAACAAACAUUCAACCAACAUCUUUCCCUCUACAGGAGAGUCUGAGAAGCAGAUCCUGAGGAACAUCCAGUAUGUUUGUUCCCAGCAGAAGAGUGAGGAGCUACUCGUCAACAGGAAUAUGGAAGGAGUUCCCAAAGACUCCUCUGCUGUCUCGUCCUCUUCAGCUGUCUUGACCUGCAGUGAGGCCAGGUCGAGACCAAGGCACAUGGGAGGAGUGAAUGCAGAGAAGGAGGAGGAGGACAGAGAGGAGGUGAUGGAGGUGGUAGACCUUCUGGAGGACACGGAGGAGGACAGGGAAGCGGUGAUGGAGGUGGUAGACCUUCUGGAGGACACGGAGGAGGACAGGGAAGCGGUGAUGGAGGUGGUGGACCUUCUGGAGGACACAGAGGAGGAGAAAACGGACAACUCCUCGGACGAGACAGAGGAUUCUUCCGAUGACGAUGACAACAACGUUAAAGGGGACGUCAUUAACAUCCGUGAUGUUCAAGAAAGCAUAGAGGAGGAGGAGGCUGUAGACAUUGAGAGUGUGGAAGACAAUGCACAGAAGAGCACCACUUCACAACUGAAGGCAAAAUACGCUAAAGAAGUGGAAGGAGAAACAGGACCCAAAUUAAGAGACCGAAAACAAGUCCUUGACCUGAGAGACAAAUGCGAGCGCCUUGAAAAACUGAAGAGCGGGCUGACCAGGGAGAGAGCUGGUGAUAUUAAGAAAAUCUCAAAGAAAUCUGGAAAGACAGAGGAGCUCAUCAUCAGGAAACUACAGGACAUCUCAACCAAACAGAAGGACAUGGUGUUCAAAAGGAAGUGGAGAGGGCCGUCCUCAUCGGUCUCACCCGAUAAAACAAUUUCACUCAGGAGCACUCGACAGCCUAAGCCAAAGUCCCUGGCCCCCAGCCUCAAGUUAAAGGUCGUAGCCACCUCAGUCCCCCACUCUAUCCCCCAAAAGCCUGCAUCCCAACGACCCAAGACAAGUCCCAUCACACCACCUUCCAGUAACCACCCCUCAACUUGGCGUUCGCCGCGUGAAAGGACCAGACCUAACAUCCUGUAUGGCAGAAAAAUACAGCCUGCCCCAGCUUCCCCACCAGUUCAUGCUGGGUUUCUCCCUCCUCGAAUGCUGUCUUUAGUGGGUGGAGUGAUCACACCUGAGCAGGUGAUCGCCAUGCAGUCUGCCCGUUCUCUGCUGCCGGGAGGACGCGUCGCUGGAAUCGAAAUGCAACAGUCUCAAACACCAGGUGUCGCUUCGGUCACCAUCAUUAUCCCCUCAAUGUCCAAACCCAUUUCUCUCACUCCAACUUUUAAUGACAGCAAAAGGGGAGUUCCUAAUUUCGCCGAUGCCGUUUCAUUGGUUAAAGCCCGACAGAACCAGUCAGCUCCAGGUGUGUCAGGGGGAGCUCAGAGGAGGCCAGCCCCAGUGAAGGGUAGGGGCAGUGGGUUGGAGUACGGAGAGGUUCUGGGGAAGCAGCUGGACCACGCUGUAGACAGUGUAGGGAUCAACGACACAGAUGGAACCUCUGAGGAGGACGAAGACAACAAAGAUGGUGAUAGUGAAGACGAGAGCCUGACAUCUGUCCUCAACGAGAUCUUCAUCCUUAACCAGCAGAUUACCACAGACAACAACAGCAGCCCCAGAGGUCCUCCAGUGGUCUCCUGCAUACCACACACCGAGCCUAGGCAGAUGGGGACCGUGAGGGUACCCACACCUCAGACAGACAGGGUGCUACUACCACCAAAGACAGAGAAGGCGAUCAUCGGAGAUGGAGAUGACGAGCGCUCCCUUAGCCCCUUGUUCCUGAGACUGAAUGAGGACAAGGGCCAUGAAAAGACUUCCAAAGGCCCAGGUCUGCCAAUACCACAGGUAGAGGACCUUAAAGUUGGUUUUGGAUCCAACCUGAAACCAUCAGAGGCUGUUUCUGCUCCUGCUGUCAACGGGCACAGCCAACAAGCAAAAGCAUGCACUACAAAAGGUCAAGAUGCACUGCAAUAAGCACUGACCCCGCCACUGCUGCUGCAGUUGAGGCCCAUGCCAAGACUAGACCCACGAUGACUAAAGAGCAACCCUCAGACAUAGAACUGAGAACCAACUCACUUAGGCCAAGGUCGACAUUGUAGCCAUCUCUCCUCAAUACCCCCAUUCACAUAGGUCGUAUUCAUUCGGCACCAAACUGACCAAACCUGACUGAAAUGGGGUGAGACUACUUCAACUUGUCCAAUGAGAAACGUUUGUUUUCUGCUGCAAAGCAUUUCUCUACAAUGUGACGUAAUGGAUAUGACCCUUCUGGCUAAACCAAUUAGGAUAUCCUUGUGAAAAAAAGUGAUUUUGUUUUGUUUUAGAAGCAACACUACCUAACGGGGCGUAUCGGAAAGACUGACAUGACACUGUUCUGACAGUCAGGAGUUUUUGUUUGUUUUUCUGUUCAAAUCUCCUAUCUAGAAGUGUCUCAGAAUAAGAGUACAGAUCUAGAAUCAGUUUAACCUUUUAGAUCAUAAUGAAUAAGCUCACAUGGAUCUGAUCCUAGAUCAACGCAUGUGUAAGACACUAUAAAUACAGGCUCUGAACUGUUGCUUUUCUUUCCCUCAUUUUAAAGAGGAGAUGCAAUGAAUAUUCUGGUAUAGUAAGCUGCCAGGACCUUGGUACAUUUAAGGGUGUCCAGUAUGUUCUGCCUUUAUGGGUUACACACAUCGCACCGAAUGUAGAUCUUUCGUUUACAGCUUGUUGUUCAGCGCGAUGUUGACGUCUUCGCAUGUUUCUAUAUGUAAAACCGGUUUGCACUCGGUUCACAAGUACUCUCAGCAGACAAACACUAUUGGUGUGUUCGAGACCUUAGAGUAUAUUAUUUGUUCUAUCAGAGCAAGAGGAUUUGUAGACAGACAUCUAAUUGUACGGAUGCCAGUUCUGUUCAUAGUACUGUAAUGUUGUGUGUGUGUAUAGGGCCUCUGAAAAAAUCCUGUCUCCAUAUUGGAGUGGGAGAUCUCUGUUUCUUCAUGUUUGUAGUUACUUCACCUUUAAGGAACAUUUCAUCUGUAAUUAUAUAUUUUUUUAUGGCACACGUUUUUCUACACUAACUACUAACCACUCAGUUUGCAAUGCAGACAUGCACAUCUCAACAUAGAAAAACCUUGAUAAAUAUUAUCGUAAUGGACAGGUAAUUGAAUAUGCAGCGCUUGUGACUUUUUUUCUAAGAGCAGCUUCCCUUCAGUGAUGUAUGUAAUAAUUAGACCCUGACAUUCACUAUAAUAUUAGUAAAAAAAUGACUGGAUACGUCCCAAAUGGCACCCUAUUUCCUAUAUAGUGCACUACUUUUGACCAGGGCCCUGAUCUAAAGUAGUGUACUAUAUAGGGAAUAGGGUGCCAUUUGAAAGAAUUUGUGUAUUUGUGGUUGAAUUGGGGGAAAUGAAAGCUGUCGUUGCUGUAAUAAUUUUUAUGUUGCUCAGAGGUAAAGCUUGCAGAAGUAAAAGCCAACCAUCUUGUUAAACUGCAUCAAGAACUGUUGGUUAGAACCAUAUAGUGUAGAUUGAAUUUCUGUAAAAAAAAAAAUAUAUAUAUAAACUCCAUUUUUUUAAAAUAAUAGGCCAUGUAAAUAAUGAAGUUUUUCCACUUUGAGAACGAUAGUUGUUUUUUGUAAAGAUAUUUCUCAUGUUUUUAUAUGGGGUCAAUAACCGUUACGUUUAGGAUGUUGACGGAAGAGAAAGGAAGAUGCCUUGAAAUAAAAUCUAAUAAUGAA